AGAGAGAAAGAGAGAGAGAGAACGAGCAAAGGCAUCAGUUCGCUACGCUCGCAAGGGAAUCAGAACCGAAAACAGAACGUGGACACAAUGGAUUCUAUAAUAGACGGAUUGUAACUUGAACCAACCUCUGUGAAACACUGUGAGCAAGGGGGAGGAAGACAGAGGAGCUAUGCUGUCACUUCCAAGUCUCAGUGGCUCAGUUUGAUUAACCAUGAUGAAGACUGAACCCCCAUCGGCGGGCAGUGCCAGCUCCACCCUCCGGAGCCCGUCCCCCCACAGGAACGCCUAUGAGGCGGGCAUCCAGGCUCUGAAGCAGGCCCACGACGCCCUGAAUAAUGCCGCCAAUGGGGACGAUGCUGCCAAGGACGGCAAGCCGCCACGGCCUACCGGCAGGGGCCGCCGCCAGUACGGCUCCAAUGUCCAUCGCAUCAAGAACAUGUUCAUGCAGAUGCAGUCGCCUGGCGACGAGGAUGACCCGUCCAAGGCCAAUGACCAGGCGGUGCGGCUGUCCCUGCCCAGGGCCAGCAGCCUCAAUGAGGACGUGAACCACAGCGCCCUGCUCAAGCUGGGCGCCACUGUCUCCGAGCGCGUCAACCGCUUCGACCCCAAGGGCGGCGAAGUCGGCGGGUCCCGAGGGGCCUCAGCGGGGUACUCCAAGCUGCAGGAGACGAGGAAGAUCUUCGAGCAACGCCAGCUGCAGGAGAAGCAGUCGGCCACCAACCGCAUCCUGCUCAAGAAGGAGCGUCCGGUUUCGUCCGCGGUCCAGGACAGCCGGCUGGACGUGGUAGUGCGCUUCAAUGGCAGCACUGAGUCUCUGGACUGCCUGGAUACGGUAGGGGGAGCCGGUGAGGCGGUGUCGCCCACCGUUAGCCAGCUAAGCGCCGUCUUCGAGAAGGGUGACCUGAGGAACAACCUGCACCGGCCCUCCUCCACGUCCCCGUUGCCCUCCCGAGGAGAAAGCCCCACUCCGGCGAAAACAGCGGAAUGCCUCAACUCCAAAAUCAUCGCCAGGAAGGUGCAAGUCUUGCCCCCAGGCAGUCAGGAGGAUGGGAGCAGCCAACCCUUGGACCAGGAGGGUUCCCCCAGAAGCCCCAGGAACAGAGCAGCUCCCCGAAACGACAAAGGCUCCUCAGGAAGUCCACAAACAGGGGACAGGACCUCUUCUGCUUCUACCGAAGCCAAGCCUGAGAGGGAGAGAGGGAAGGAAGCCAGGGGCUCAAGUACCGGAGGCGAGCCUGGCAGGGAACCAAUACCCAGGGACCAGGAGGACUCCUCCACACCCGAGGCAGGAAGCCGGCUGGUGCAGGCCGAGAUCCACGCCUCACUGGAAAAUGGAGAGGCCUCUGGGGGCCCCAGCGACAUGGCAGGGCGGCAGGUGAGAGAGAGGAGCCACAGGGAGGAGCCAGGGGAGGGGCCCCAAUGUGAGGGACAGGAAGAGGAUGGCCUGGAGGAGGAAUCUCGUAAGGAUGAUUACUCGGAGGGCGAUCUGGUGGACAUCAGCGCAUACAGCGGCAUCGGAGAGGACUCCGGCGGCAGCCAGCUGGAUGAGGAUGAGGAGGAGGAAGAUGAGCCCUACGAGCCAGAGUCGAGCUGCUCUGAGAUCCCGGGACUGCCUGCCGAGGAGGAAGCACCGCCGGAGAACAGGAAGAUCUGCUUUAGCACUGGACCAAUAAAGGUGUUCACCACGUACUCCAACGAGGACUACGACCGGCGUAAUGAUGACGUGGAUCCCAUGGCGGCGUCGGCUGAGUACGAGCUGGAGAAGAGGGUGGAGAGACUGGACCUCUUCCCUGUGGAAUUGGAGAAAGAUGGGGACGGUCUGGGGAUCAGCAUCAUCGGCAUGGGUGCCGGGGCGGACAUGGGUCUGGAGAAACUGGGCAUCUUCGUCAAGACGGUCACUGACGGAGGAGCUGCACACCGAGAUGAGAGGAUCCAGGUGAAUGACCUGAUCGUGGAGGUGGAUGGGACCAGUCUGGUGGGCGUGACCCAGGCCUUUGCUGCCUCCGUCCUCAGGAACACCACCGGCACUGUCAAGUUCAUGAUUGGCCGAGAGAAGCCCGGUGAGCAGAGCGAGGUGGCCCAGCUGAUCCAGCAGACCCUGGAGCAGGAGCGCUGGCAGAAAGAGAUGAUGGAGCAGCGUUACAGCCAGUACAUGGAGGAGGACGAGGAGACAGGUGAGUAUGCCACGGACGAGGAGGAGGAGAUGAGCCCCAUGUUCCCCAACGCCAUAGAGGUGUUUGACCUGGCGGAGAAUGAGGACAUGCUCUCCCCCAUGGAGAUGGACCCUGAGAAAAUGGCCCACAAGUUCAAAGAGCUACAGAUAAAGCAUGCUGUCACGCAGGCUGAGAUUCAACAGCUGAAGAGAAAGCUGGCGCAUUCAGAGCAGGACAAGCUGCGCUGGCGCAUGGAGCGUGCCCAGCUGGAACAGAGCGUUCGGGAGAACAAGGAGCGCAUGGAGAAGCUGGAGGGCUACUGGAUGGAGGCCCAGAGUCUGUGUCAGGCGGUGGACGAACACCUGAAGGAGACACAGGCCCAGUACCAGACCCUGGAGCGCAAGUACAGCAAGGCCAAGCGCCUCAUCAAGGAAUACCAGCAGAAGGAGAUUGAGUAUCUGAAGAAGGAGACGGCUCAGCGCAGAGCCCAAGAGGAGACAGAGGCCACUCAUAAGGAAGAGGCAGACAACCUCCAGGACAAGAUCACAGACCUGGAGACCAAGGUGGAUGCUCUGAAGACCUCGGAUCCCUCCUAAACCUCUGGCAGAGAGAGGGAAAGGAGGAGCAAUGCCUUCACACUUGGGCCAUCCUUUUUCCAAUCCACGUUGUCCCUGACGGAUUGUAAGAACGACAAAAGAAGAAGAAAAUAAUGGAGAAAGGAAGACUUCAGGGGCAGCGGUUUGAAGGGGGGUGGGGGGGUUCAAA